AGGUGGAACUCAGCAGAGCUGGAUCUAUUUUCAGUCUCCAGCACAGUGUCCUACUGCUUUGGGGGAAUGGGAGUCAUAAGACCAGGGGAGAAUGGGACAUCUGGACCAGGCUUGCUACAUCCUAAAAAGACGGAGUGGUCAACAGAGAGAGAUUGGUGGUACACCCAGUACAGACAGUUAUCACAUUACCUGGCCCUGCUCUGUUUUCUACUGACCAUGGCCACACUCCUACAGACAUUUUACUUGGUGCAGAUCACCUUGGUCUUCCAAUCCCAGUCCGCCUUGCAGGAGGUCAGACUCAAAGACCUGACUCAGAAGCUGAACACCCUGAACCACUCCUACCUCCUCCUCUUCCACAAGUACCCAGCACUCAACCAGUACUGUCCCAUCACCAAUAGCAGCACCAAUGAGCGUGAGUGCAGGCCGUGCCCAGAGGGAUGGGAGUCUUUUGGGGAGAGAUGCUACCUCUACACCCAUGACAGACUGGAUUGGAUUUCCAGUCAGUACCACUGCCUAUCUGUAGGGGGCAACCUUGCCAUGGUGAAGAGUGAGGAGGAGCAAAUUUUUCUGUGGAAGAGAGCCAAGGAGUUGAGCCAGGGAGACUCCUACUGGAUCGGCUUGAGGAAUGGUAACCCAGGCGGGGCCUGGCACUGGGUGGACGACUCCCCGGUGGAGAAGGGGUUUUGGGACAUAUUUUGGGAUCACGAGCCAGAGAAGGGGGACACCAGGGAACUGUGUGCCCGGCUGUCGCCAGGAGACAGCCACAGGGCCGGUUGGUACGCCACCACGUGCAAGAACAGCCUGAAGAGCAUCUGUGAGAGGACCCAGGGCACCCUGCAGUGACACUCUAUCUCAGGAGAGGAGAAAAAGGGGAAGGGAGAGGGCAGUCGGAGUCUGUGCCGUUUGGUUGCAUUAAAUAUCUUUUAACUGUCUUUUGAUGUAUGGUAUUGGUAAUUAUGCAAUGUAUGUACAACUGAAAUAAAUAACGAAAUACCUAUGAUUUGUCAUUUUCUCUUGCUGGUGGAUGUGGGGGUUUGCACAUUGAAAAUUAAGUUGCUGUAAAAUUGCUAGCCUACGUCCAUUUUUGGACUUUUAAAUUAAGAAUAUAAACCCAUUGAUUCUCCAAGUAUUCACACCCCUUGACUUUUUCCAAAUGUUGUUGUGUUACAGCCGGAAAUUCAAAUGGAUUGAAGUGUAGAUGUUUUUGUCACUGGAAUAUACACAAUCAUUUUACAAAUGAUUUAAAAAUGGAAAGCGAAAAUGUCUUCAGUCAAUAAAUAUUCAACCCUUU